AUGUUUUUUUAGACCGUCUCCUCUCUCUCUCUCUCUCUCUUUCCGCCUUCCUUUCCUCUUCGCCCCCAAAUCCCACCCAAUGCGCCUCUAAAGUAUCUCCGAGCCCUAGGGCUUCCGCCGUGCGCUUAGUGUCAGUACCGCCGCCUCACCCCUCAACCUCUCGCGCGCGUCGCCGCCAUAGUCGUUCCCGUUCUACCUCAGCGCGUCGCUGCCCGUCCGCGAUUAACCACUGUCUUCUGAGAACAGAGAAGUGUCUGCUGGAUGGGCUGUAGUUAGAUAGCAGAACGAAAAGGAGAACAGUAUCACCAGCUUGUACUUCUCAUCAUGUCUCGGUCGCCACAUCUUCCUCCCCGCUGCCCGCCUCUGGGUCCUCAAAUCACAGGAAGAGAUGACAGCUUGUUCACACAGAGCUGCAGGUUUCCAUCAGAGGAUCCUUUCUUUGGUGAACCACCGUGUUGGCUAGAUGAUCUCCUUGCAGAUUCUGGGAAAAUGCCAAACCUUCCACCUCUUAGGAGAGCUUGUAGCGACUCUGAUGCUAUCUUGGAUGCGCUGAGGACAAUUCAGAGCCCAAUUUUUCCGAUUGAGGAGGGGGAUCUGCAACCAGCAGGUGAGACUGGGGACUCGUUGGAUGCUGCUGUAAGGGGUGAAAGUGAUUCGGGGGUCGAAGUUAGCUGUGUGUAUGGUCCAAAUUCGCCAAGACAGAAGUGUAGGCUGACCAGUUCAGAGAGUUCCAUUGUAAAUGCUGUCCUGGAGAAUGUCCCUAGCAACCCCUUGCAGUACCUGACCAUUGACCCGUCAACCAGUCUGCAUGGCAAUGUGGCCAAUGCAAAAGGAGAUGCAUGCGAUGAUGUAAACCAUCUAGAUCAAGACAAGUCAUUUAAAAGGCGAUCAGGCCAAAGAUCUAGGGUCCGGAAACUUCAAUACAUUGCUGAUCUUGAAAGAACUGUUGACUCUCUUCAGAACAUGGGAGCUGAUUUGGCUGUAAGAGUAGCAUCUCAUUUCCAGCUUCGCAAUGCUCUAUCAAUGGAAAACAAGCAACUGAGGAGACAGAUUGCUAGUCUUCAGCAGGCAAAACUAAUGAAGGAUGGUCAAACACAUUUCUUGAAGAAGGAAACUGAGAGGUUGAAGCAGAUCUCUGCGCGUCACCGCAGGAGCAGGAGUGUCACUUCUUGCUUUGAGCCGGGCUCAAUUGGAGCAGACCCAUCAGCAAUCAAUUGGCAGACAGUUGACAUGUCAAAGCUGAGCUUAAACGGCAGUCCUGCUCCUGUGCCCCCGAGAGGUGGCUAUGGCCUGUAAAAGCAACCUGCUUUGGUCCCACUGAGAUGAGAUCGCGGCAGUAAUCCUCAGAUGUGGUUAACGAUUCACUAACCUGACCAACCAUAUAGAUUCGAGGGUUUAAUCCUUUAUUAGGAAGAAAAAGUAGUCAGUCCAGUUACCACCAAAAAUAGAGGUCGUCAGUUAAGCUUAUCUUUUGUAGGAUUUCUGCAUUGGCUUCCGAAUUUUAACACAAAUCAGAUGAAGCAAGCUUGAGCUUUGCUUGUCACUAGUGUUUGAGGUCUUAGAAAUCGAUGUUUUUCUCUAUGUUACUGCAACUUAAGCGUCCUGAUCUUCCCAUUA